AUGGACGUCGCCGAACUCUCCCAACGCAUGCGCCGUUUCUUGCACGCCGGCAGCAGACACUCCUUGGAAGCCUCCUAUGAGCCGCUGUCUGAUUCCUCUAUUCGCCUGCUCACCAUCAAGCCGAGCGCGAAGCGCACAGACAAGAUUGUGUGCGAGCUGCGCACCGUCGCUUUUGACGAUCAUGUCCGCUACCGCGCUCUCUCCUACGUAUGGGGCGACCCUGAUGAGACGGGCGUCGCCAGCGUCAACGGCAAGUCGUGCAGGUUCACGUUGAACCUGAUCGAGGCCCUGCGCCAAUUGCGCGAAUCCAUGUACGACCACAAGACCCUGGAGGCGCUGCCCCUCUGGGCCGAUGCUGUCCGAGUCGUCAUCUGGCUUGGGCGCAUGCGCGGCCCUGACGAUGAAAAUCCGCCAGAAAAGGGCGACAGGCACAACGACGACGUCUUUUGCUGA